CAACACGAUCGAGAAAUCAUCUCCAAUCCGAAGAAACAAACUGAAAAACACGAAACGGGUUCGUUCCUGAAGCUGGUUGAUGCGGUUCUCUUUCUCUGCUUCCUCGUUGUAGCGGUUGCCACCCCUCUGAUUGGCUCCCAGACCUUCCCUUGCAAUGAGCACCUGCCGCGGGCCCUGGCGGACCUCCACAACUGGUAUAGCUGCUCAUACGGGGACUCCCUGGUGACGGAGAAGCCCCAUUUCUUCGUGGGUCUCGUGGGGCUGGAGCUCGCUCUUCUGCGGUAUGGGAUCGUCGCUGCCAGGCCUUGGCUCAGCACCACCUGCUUGAUAGAUGGCGUCUCUGUCUUCACUGGAAUGGCUUCUGUGUUUGCAGAGUUCAUUGGGUCCGGUAAGGCGCCGGAGAAGCUCCUGAUCAUGUAUGGCCUCUUCUGGGCCUUCGGGGAUUUUGUCAUUGUGAGAGGAUGGCUGAGAUCGGAUUCUCGGUCAUCUACUACCACGACUAAAUCAUCGACCACCCCUAGUAACACCAUCGAGAACUCUCCACUUGUUAGGAAGAAGAGGACUUAAUGAACUAUGUGUUCAUGUUCAGAUCGAUUUAGAGGCAUAGACUGCUUCCAGCUAGCUAGCUAGUUCCGGGAAGCAGUAAGAACUUGUGUUCUGCUUCUGCUGAAAGAUUGAAUCGUCUAAACCUACGGUUCGAUGUAACGAUUUGAUUGACCAACGAGCAUUAUCAUCUCUUGAGUUGUUUCAUUGCAUGUUCAAUAUGGGAUUUUACAUCUUUCAUAUGCCUUGUAUGAGCUAAGUUUUGAGCUAUCCAAUUCCACUCUGCUUGGCAAAUA